AUGAUUUUAGUUUUGAGUUUAUUAUUAAGAGUUGAUGGCGUAAAAUUGAAAUCACUAAUAGAAUCUGAUGACGAUGCUGAAUACAUGUACCCAUUCCGGAAGCCCUGUGGAGAUGGGAGGAUUGAAAUUGUUGGUAGUUGUAAUGGUUUGAUUUGUGCGUGCCACGCUGGUUGUGUUUUCUACGUUUGGAAUCCAUAUAGUGCAGAGUACAAAGUGAUAUUGUCAAUGGAAUCCCGUUUGGGUUUUCUAACCAAAGACUCCAAUAGACGCAUGGGUUAUGGUUUUUCGGAUAUAAACAUCGGUUAUGGGUUUGGUUAUGAUUCCAAAUCUUAUAGUUACAAGUUUGUGUCGAUUUUUAGUGAACCAGAUACGGAUUUAUCUGAAGUUCAGAUGUAUAGGUUAGGUUCAGGUUUAUGGAAAUCGUAUGAUUCUUGCAUUGCUUAUCAAUUUUCUAGAGAAGAGCCUGGGGUGUUUCUAGAUGGAGCUCUCCACUGGUUAGUAAGUUCGCGGAUGAGUGAUGACGAGUCUCAACCGCGAGUUUUAGUUUCUAUGGAUAUGGAAGACGGGUGUUUCUGA